AUGGCUCUUGCUGCUUGGCACUUUUUACUGAAGAUCCCCAGUACUGUGUCCCUGCGGGCUCCCCUGAGAAGAUCUCUCCAACUUUGCAGCCGGUGCUACCCAGUUCAUGCCUCUUUGAGUUAUGAAGCCAUAAAACAACAGUACAGACCAGAGGUGCCAGAGUAUUUCAACUUUGCAAGAGAUGUGCUGGACAGAUGGACUGACAUGGAAAAGGAAGGAAAAAAGUCUAAAAACCCUGCAUUGUGGUGGGUAGAUGGUGCUGGAGGAGAAGUGAGGUGGAGCUUUGAGGAGCUGGGAGUGCUCUCCAGAAAGGUGGCGAAUGUACUCUCUGAUGCCUGCAGCCUGCAACAGGGAGACAGAGUUAUUCUGAUUCUGCCCCGGAUCCCGGAGUGGUGGCUAGUUAAUGUGGCUUGCAUGAGAACAGGAACUGUCCUGAUUCCUGGCACACAGCAGUUGACAGCGAAGGACAUUCUUCAUCGACUACAGAAAUCCAAGGCAAAGUGUAUCAUCACUGAUGAUACUGUGGCACCAGCUGUAGACUCAGUUGGGGCUGAAUGCCAGUCUCUGAAAUUCAAGUUGCUUGUGUCAGAGGGCCACAGAGAAGGAUGGCUGAACUUCAGAGAUCUCCUGAAAAAUGCUCCUUCUGAUCACCAGUGUGUGACCACAAAGUGUCAAGAUCCAAUGGCCAUCUAUUUUACCAGUGGAACUGCAGGAUCUCCAAAAAUGGUUGAACAUUCCCACAGCAGCUAUGGUAUUGGCCUCACAGUAAGUGGAAGGUACUGGCUGGACUUGACUUCCUCAGAUACGUUUUGGAAUACAUCAGACACAGGCUGGGCAAAGUCAGCUUGGAGCAGCAUUUUUUCAUCAUGGAUUCAAGGGGCCUGUGUAUUUGUACAUAAGAUGCCACACUUCGACCCAAGCAUUGUCUUUGAGUGUCUGUCGAGAUUUCCCAUAACUGUCUUCUGUUCUCCUCCAACUGCUUAUCGAAUGUUUGUGCAACAUAAACUGUCCAGCUAUACAUUCAAAAGCCUGCGGCACUGUGUGAGUGCUGGGGAGCCAAUCAACCCUGAUGUGAUGGAAGAAUGGAAAGCGCAGACUGGGCUGGAUAUUCAUGAAGGCUAUGGACAGACUGAAACAGUGCUGAUCUGUGGAAAUUUUAAGGGGAUGAAAAUCAAACCUGGCUCUAUGGGAAAGCCAUCUCCAGGGUAUGAUGUCAAGAUUAUAGAUGAAAACGGUAAUAUUCUGCCUCCUGGAAAAGAAGGAGAUAUUGCCAUCAGAGUAAAACCUACGAGAUCGCUUUUUCUUUUUACUUGCUAUGCUGAAGAUCCAGAGAAAACAGAGGCAACAAUACGUGGUGACUUUUAUGUCACUGGAGACCGGGGGUUUAUGGAUGAGGAUGGAUACUUCUGGUUUGUUGGAAGAGCUGAUGAUGUCAUUAAUUCUGCUGGAUACCGUAUUGGACCAUUUGAAGUAGAAAGUGCCCUGGUAGAGCAUCCUGCAGUGGUGGAAUCAGCAGUUGUCAGCAGUCCAGACCCCAUCAGAGGAGAGGUAGUGAAAGCCUUUGUUGUUUUAACAUCUGACUAUGCUUCACAUGAUCCCGAAAAAAUGGUGAAAGAGCUACAAGACCAUGUUAAGAAAGUUACUGCUCCAUACAAGUAUCCUAGGAAGAUGGAGUUCGUUCAACAGCUGCCAAAAACUGUUAGUGGGAAGAUCAGAAGAAAUGAACUGCGCCAGAAGGAGUGGAGAAAAGAUUAG